GAGCUGCGCCCGAGGGCCAGCCAGAACCCCAUGCGGGCGUCGCGGCUGGCGGCGGCGGGCUCCGCCGCGACCUGCGCGGCCUCGAGAGGGAAUGGGUCGAGGUCCCCGACGAAGGGCUGCGGUUCCAGUGGCACCGGCCGCCGCGCAAGGAGGUCGCAAGGCAGCGCGCGGACACUUGCACCGUUCGCAUCUUUCUGAACGGCCGUUUCGACCUUGCGCACAUCGGGCAUUUCAGCGCCCUCUGUCAGGCGGUAAGUCACCAGAAGGGCCUUCCUCUCAUGGACGACGACGAGAGGAUUGCGGUGCUGCAGGCUGCGAAGUGGGUCGAUGAGAUGGCCACUUCCUUGCCGUACACGUCCAUGUCGGUGAAGAUGGCCGAUACGCUCAGCGUGGACUGGAUCUGCCACGGCGACGACCUGCCCGUCUGCAGAAGCGGCGGCGGCAUGUACACGGACUCUAUCGAGAAGGGCCGUUCCCAGAUGUUGAAGCGGACGGAGGGCAUCUCGACCGCGCAGAUCUUGCGGCGUUUGUUGGAGCGCCCGUCCCGUGACGGCUCUGAAGGGCAGCCCGCCGUGCCGUCGGCUCCUGCCGCGGGGUCCCACGGCACCCACGACGGCGGGCCGCCCCUGGAGCCCGCGCUGGUUACCACCCAGCGCCUCGUUCAGUUCGCCGAGCGGCCUGGCGGGGCGCAGCGGGGCUGCAUCGGCGACGCCGAGCGCGUCGUGCACAUCGGGGGGGCGUCGGAGCUCGGAGACUACCCCCUCGUGGGCGUGCACUCGGACGAGACGGUGCGCCAGCGGCGCGGGAUGCUGCCAGUGCUGGCGCUCAUGGAGCGCGCCAUGGCAGUGCUGGCGAUGAGGUGGGUCGACGACGUGGUCCUCGGCGCUCCCUGGGAGGUGACCCGAGAUCUCCCGGUGAUCAUGAACUUCGCGGUGGUCGCGGCGGGCCAGCAGGGUCCGCUUUCUGCGAGCAGCGGGCCACUGGGCAUCCCACGCACGCUGGGGAUUCUGCGGAAGGUCGACAGCGGAUCGCAGCCGACCUCUGGGUCCCUGAGGGACCGCUUCCUGCAGCGGAGGGGAUCCAUUGCGCAGCGGAACAGCGCCCUGCUUCCCAAGGAAGACGCCUACACACGGGCGAAGAAGUACGUGCCUCAAGCUUGA